GUCAAACUUUGGUGGUCAAUGUCCCACAAGGCCUGCAGGAUCUUACGGUCCAUGUCGAGCUGAACGCGUCUGUUGCCGGCGUGGAUGUUGACCUGGAGCUCUACGACCCGGGCCCAGAUACUUUCCUAGUAAGCCACCAAGAUGGAAUCGUGAACGACGAGAAGACGGAGGGCCAGUCGCUCGGCAAAGUCUUCAGCCUAAUGGUCAGCAUGAUAUAUGGCAACGACACCCAGAAGAAAACAGCGCCAGAAGCGGGCAAGUUCAGGUUUGGCAACCUGGCCCUGGUAUACAGCGGGGCCGCAGUUGCAGCGGAAUGGCUGGAUGUCAAAGGCCGUUUCCCAUCGGACAUGCUGCUGAUGAUGCGCUGCAAGAGUGGACCACCUGGCUUCAGCGAGACAGUCCUGAGAUAUAGCCAUGGAGACAUCAGCCCGUGCCCGGAGGCGCCUCCGGGCUGUGAGCGUUUCAACGAGUCGAAGACCGCAGUCGACGUUGCAGCUUGGCGCACGUGGGCGCUGGAUCGGUUCGGAUUAGCAGAGAACUCCAGUGAUGCGGCUUGGAAGACCCUGGUGGCCCCGACGGCCGACGCAAGAGGCGCGCUGCCCUGGAGCCGCUUCCAGAGCUUCUGGAACCACUGGCCGAAUGUGACGCCCUGGAGACCCGCUGCGCACCUCAUCGACACGGACGGAGACCAGCAGAUGAGUCGGGCGGAGUUCGACGCAGCUUAUGGCAUCGGUGGCCCCGAUCUCAUAGCAAGACCCCCGGGCACACGGUUGGCACAGCAGCUGGAAAGCUGGAGCUUUUGGCUCAUCACCGUGGCAGGGGUCGCGGCCUCCAUCGCAGUUCUGGUCAUCCUCUUCCGCCUGCACCUUUGCACCCGACGAGGAUCCACUUACAGCCCCUUGCCGGACGGUGAAUCCGAGGAGGAGGUCGAGGCAGUGUCCGAUGGCAGUGGCACUGGGAGCGACAAGGAGGUUGAAUCUGCUCGGGGCCCUGGUGACCCUGGUACAGUGGAGACUCAGACGGUGCUUCUUCAGCAGGAUGUGAACAGAGCAGCGGAUGCUCUUAGCCCGCCCAGCAAACCGCACAGGUGGAUCGAGGAACUUGAGCUGCUGCCCUUGCCGGCAGCGUUUGCGCCACAAGUGCAUUGGUCUUUCGAGCAGUCGCACAAUGAGCCCGCCCGAGCCCAGCCGCAAAGCCUGCGGCAAGUUCUGGAUCAAGAUCUGAGAUGGCAAAGUAACCAGGCUCAGAGCUUCCAUCCUGUACAAACACCGCAGUAUCCACCUGGAACUUUUGGCGCCAUGCUUUCCCAGACGAUUGCGCAUUCGCCCGGCUCUGGGCAAGGGCUGCAAGGGCCAGUCUGA